AUGGAAUUUGAAAAGCAUGAAAAAGGAAGCUUAUUAAAUGAGAAUUUAGAGGAGAAACUGACGGUCUCUUCUGGUGAUUCUGAAGCCAAACCUCUGAUCUUCACAUUUGUCCCCACUGUCAGAAGACUACCAACCCACUCUAAGUUGGCUGACACCUCUAAAUUCCUUGUUAAAAUUCCUGAGGAACCAAGUGAUAAGAAUCCAGAAGCUGUAAAUAGGUCUGAUUCCAAUGAGUACUUGACCUUGAAUGCUGGGAGCCAACGGGAGAGAGACCAAGGAACAUUGAUUUAUCCUUCAGAGGUCAGUGAAAAUAUUUCACAAGGAAGGGGACUCAAAGCAAACGAACUUCAAGGAAUGCAGCAAAGUGACCUCUUUAAAGCUGAAUAUGUCUUUGUUGUGGACUCGGAAGGGGAAGAUGAAUCUACCAGUGGAAAAGGUGAACAAGGCCCCCCUGGAGGGAUGGGCACCACAGCUUCUCGGCCCAAGUCUCUAGCAAUUUCCUCCACUCUGGCCUCUGAUGUGGUACGUCCCAAGACACGGGGGACAGACCUCCAGGCCCCAUCACAUCCUGAAAUGUCUCAUGGGAUUGCCCCUCCGCAAAAGCAUGGGCAGUUAACUUCUCCCACUACCUCUGAGCAGCUUGCCUGUAAACCACCUGCUUUCUCCUUUGUUUCUCCAACUAAUCAGAAAACGCCACCUGACCCAGUUAACCUCGACGGAGCCUCUGUGCUAGAGGAAUUCCACACUAGGAGGCUGGAUGUCAGUGGGGCCUUGGUGGAAGAAACAGCUACGUAUUUUCAAACUUCUGCUCACUCUUCACCCUUUUUUGCAUCGAAGGGCACCUCCUCGACGUUACAGUUUCCCCAUUCCACUCAGUUAUCAGGUUCUAAUUUAUCCAGUCCGAGUGCAGCAGAUCAGAAACCUGGACUGGCAUCUGAAGUUCUGAAGAAGACAACAACUUUAAGUUCGCACGUCCUUAGCCCCAGAGAAAGCCCAGGAACCACUUCUCCUUCACCAUCCUCCAGUGCUUCUCUGAAGUCAAAUUCGGCCUCAUACAUACCAGUCCGUAUUGUCACACAUUCACUCUCUCCAAGUCCAAAACCAUUUACCUCCUCUUUCCAUGGCUCUUCUUCCACUAUCUGUAGCCAAGUGUCAUCUAGUGGAAAUCUCUCAAAGUCAGGGGUGAAAUCCCCAGUGCCCUCCCGGCUUUCUCUUCUCACUGCCAUCCUCAAGUCAAAUCCUUCUCACCAAAGACCCUUUUCCCCUGCAUCCUGUCCCACUUUCUCUCUUAACUCUCUGGCUUCUUCCACACUCACUCUGGAUCAAAAAGCAAAACAAACCCCACCCACACCUAAGAAAUCUCUCUCUAGUUGCUCCCUGAGAGCAGGGUCUCCAGAGCAGGGGGAACACCAGGUUUCCGAACUUAGGCAGCAAUCCUUCCACUUACCUUUUCUGGCCAAAUCUACUCCCCUUUCUCAGGCAUGCUCCCUUUCUCCCACAAAACAUGACAGUAGCAGCCUCAUUUCUUUGAAUGUAGAGAAAAUGUCACCCACUUCUUUGAAGAGCAACCCAACAGUCUCCCUGCUACAGACUGAUACAUCCAGUUCUGCAAGACUUCCUCCUGUUCCACCAAGUGUUCCUCCUGUUUCUUUGAAGGGCAAACAGGAUGUUGACCUCAGGGACCCAGAAAAGCCCAGGAAUAUUCACAUACAUCCUACAUCAGUCUCCUCUGCAUUAUCCUCUCUAUCUCCUCCCACUAACCAAAGAGCCAUGCUCUCCUCUCCAGAGAAAUGUUUCCAUCCUUCCCCAGCUCUUUCAAACCUGAUAAACAGAUCCAAGAGAGCAGCCCCACAGCUAGGUGGCCAGGGGCAGAACCUUUCAACUCCUCUUUCAACCCCUGUCUCCAGUGCUAGCUCUGCCUCUCUUCCCAAACUGGGGUCCUCCCCUCUCCCUCGUGCUAAUCUGCCGACCCAGGCGCUCCAGCUCAGUCCAACACUGUACCCAAAUUGUGGCAGUGGUACCUUGCCUUCAAGACUUGGAAAAUCUGAAAGCUCAGUAUCCAACCACAGGUCAUCUGUUUCAACCCGAUCACCUCCCAUCUCUCUAACAAGAACCAAGGAGCUGAUUUCACCUUAUGCAUUGUCCAUGUCAACAGGCCCUGAAAAUAAGAAACCCAAGCAAUACAAGACCAAGUCAAGCUACAAGGCUUUUGCAGCAAUCCCUACAAACACAUUGCUUUUGGAACAGAAGGCACUCGAUGAGCCAGCCAAGACUGAAAGUGUCUUCAAGGACAACACAUUAGACCCGCCUCUGGAGUUUUGUUUCCCUGCACAGCUCAGACAGCAAACUGAAGAGCUCUGUGCUACCAUUGAUAAGGUCUUACAGGAUUCCUUGUCUAUGAAUUCUUCUGAUUCUCCUUCAAGUUCCUCACAGACAUUGUUGGUUUCUGACACAAUGAAAAUGCCUACAACUCUUCCGAGAGCAGCUGGUCGAGAAACCAAAUAUGCAAACCUGUCCUCCCCAUCCUCUACAGUAUCCGAGAGUCAGCUGACUAAGCCUGGAGUGAUUCGCCCAGUACCUGUAAAAUCCAAAAUAUUACUGAAAAAAGAGGAGGAAAUUUAUGAACCCAACCCUUUCAGUAAAUACCUGGAAGAUGAUAGCGACUUCUUUUCUGAGCAGGAUGUGACAGUUCCUCACAAGCCUGUUUCUCUCCACCCUUUAUAUCAGACUAGACUCUAUCCUUCUGCUAAGUCCCUGCUGCCUCCACAGACUCUCUCACACGCUGACUGUCUUACCCCAGGACCCUUCAGUCAUUUGUCCUCCUUCUCACUGAGUGAUGAACAGGGGAAUUCUCACACCCUGUUUAGUGGCAACACAUAUAAUAAGCUGAGUCAUCCAAUGGUGGCUAUUCCUGAACAUGAAAUUCUUGAUUCCAAAGAGUGGGUUCAGGAAGAACUGAGAAAUAGUGCUGAGUUUGCCAGUGUAACAACAGACGAUGGACUACCUGUUCCUCUUCCAUCUGACUCAACUAUUUAUGUGAUGAUGAAUCUUAUAUUGGAAAGAGAAUUCCGAGGGCAUUUCGUCCAAUAUUUUACUGAAUGGAAUGAUGUAGUCAUCAGUGCUAAAGGAAAGGGUAGCAGCCAAGUGAUUGGCAGGACAGACUCUGUGCUGGGGCAGCCCAGUGAUGUUGAGCAUCACGUUGUGGGGAUGUCCUCGACUCUCUGGUUUCUUGGUUUGUUGUCACAUGAUUCUUGUGAUUCAGAAUCAGUUCCUACUGAUAAUCUUGGGAGCAGUAAAGACCGUAGAACAAACCCACACUGUGAUGACAAUCCUGGGAGCCCACCCUUCUGUGAACCCGGUGCUCGCCAUAUUGGCCGUGCUCAAGUUCUUUCAUCUCAAUGUAUCUUGACUCUCUAUCUUAUGCUUGGGUCCACCAGGUACUCUGGGGUGCCUCAUGGUCCUGUGGCAGACCCUAGUUCUAGGAGAGUGAUCUGGGGUAGAGAGGUCUCAGCACGUUUGGGAGGAUGUAGUGAGUCAGCCCCUGACAUUGAGGUCAGUGAGAGAAGAAAAGGGAAAGAUGUAACAUGGGCGAAGCUGAAGAUUCUGAAGAAUCCUAGCCUUCAGCUUGUUGCCACAUGGUCUGUAAGUGACUGGGUGGAGGUGGCCGCAGAAGGAAUCCAGGCAGAACUCCAUCUUCCCAAGGCUCCACUGCAGAGUUCAGGGGAUUCAGAGGUUCCCAGAUUAAUAGGAGGUGCUAAUGAUCCUGGAGAGCUGUAA